AUGUCUGAAAUCGAAGAACAAAAAAUAUUACAGCAAGAAAUGGAUAGUAUCAAACCAAAAACGAUAGAUAAUCUGACUAAUGAGAAUACGCAGUCUCCUAAAAUAGAGAUUGCGCAAGAGACUCAGCAGCAACUAAUUGAUGGAACACUAGAAACUAUCGGACAAUUAUCAGGUUCUGAGGCCAAGUAUGCUGAAAAACAAACAUCAGACGUAAUUCCAGUUACUGAUGAAAUACCAGUAACAAAUGAGGCUGUUUCGGAACUUAAGCAAGGAGAAGUUAUCAAAGAUAUUUCAACAACAGCUACAAUCCCAGCCCCACCUGCAGAAAUAGUUGAACAAGACACUAUGGAUGCCAAACCUGAGCAGAUAGAAUCCCUGAUUAUCGAGGGUGUACAGGCCUCAGAAAAUCCUGCAAAAGUGAAACAAUCAGAGGUAGAAGAAUUAGAGAAAGUUAUAACACAAACACCUCAAAAUCAACAAGUAAAAGAAGGUCCUGAAGUAGUAGUAGAAACUCCUGAAAGCAAAUCUAUCGUAGACAAAGAAGUUACUAAAUCUGAAAAACCCCAGUCAACGGAUGCUGAAGAUACAAUCGCAAUCAGUGAUACAACCUCAAAAUUACUUCAAAGGGAAGCUGAACAACAACCAACAAUGAUUGCUCUCGACACCCUUACACACACCAUUGAUAAAUUUUUGUCCGAUGAAAUAGCCAGUGUAGUCAAAAAAUUGUCAGAGACGUCUAACAAUACAGAACUUUCUAAAUCCUUACAAUUAGCCCAAGAACUUCAAAAUAGUCUAGAUACUAGUCAAAUAAAGCCAGGCAAUAACCAAGCACAAUUAGUUCAAGACUUAAAUAGUUCCUUACUGACUUUACAACUAGUAGCACUAGAGAGUGUAGAACAACCAGAUCCAAUAGUCAGCAAAGAAGCGAUACAUAAAAUUCUCGAUGUAGCGGAGUCUUUUGCCAGUCAACUCGAUGCAUUUCUAUCAAGCUCAAUGCAUCAGGAUGAUGAUGCUAAUGCUCAAGCCCUAAACAAAUAUGAGACAACUGAAACUGUAACGUCGCAGAUUCUACUCAAUCAGUCAAAUACAGAUGCUAACACAUUUAUCAACAAUAGCACUGACAAUGUUCCUGCAUCAGUAGAGCAAACCAGUGACAUACACGAUGUGGAAAUAAAUACCGCGACAGCAUCUUGCAGCGAGAUAUUAGAAACAUUACUUAUAGAAUCUGCUAAAACGAUAAUGAUUCCGGUAGUCGGCGAUGUUUUAAAUGAAGAUUUGCCAACGACACUCAAGUUGCUCGUUUCUGACAUGUCGGCUGUUCAUCCAGAAGUAGACAAUGAUCCACUUGAAGGGUCAAUGAAAGGGUCUCCGGAAGAAAUGCAAAUGUUGCAAAUUAAAGAAGAUACGCAUUUGAUCAUUAAUUCCGAAUCAAUUGAGCAAGCCAAUGAAAAACUCAAAGCUGACGACGUAGAAUGUACCGAACCUAUAAAAACAUCUAGUUUCGAAAUUUUAACAAGCUUAAAAGAUGAAAUAGUAUUCGAUAUUAAAAAUGAAAAAUCUGACAGUAAUUUAGGUCAUAUUAAUGUCGAAAAGCAAUUAUAUACUCAAAUAUUUGAGGUUACAGCUGAGAAAAGUACCACAGAUGAUGUAAAAGUCUUAGAUCCAGUGAGAGGCAGUGGAACAAAUACUGAUGCUUUUGCAUUUAAAUCAGAAAGUAGACAAGAACAAGAACUGAAUUUAACUGAUGAAGAAAAAGUAAUACAAACUAUCAUUGAGGACUCAAGGACUAUCAUUCAGGAAUCCAAUGAUAACGAAUCGGAGCGGGUUUGCAAUGAGUCUCAAAUUAUACAGGGUGUGAAUGACACACCCUCUGAAAGCCUCGAAAGGACAUUAGAGGACGUAACUUCCAAACAACAAACACAAGGUAUAAUAGACGAUAACAUACAAAUUUCACCGGAAUCUACACAAAACGUAGAAAAGUUCGAGUCUUUAUCUGAACCGAUUAAAGUCGAGGAAGGUAUUGAUGACAAAAAACAAGACAUGAACAUUAACAUAAUAGAAACUAUUACAUUGACAGAUACUUAUAGUUUAGAUGAACCUACGAUUAUACAACAUCUUGCUUCCAAUGAACUUGAAAAUCCUGUAGCUGCUGUUCAAUCUGAAUCAAAAGUGGUAGAGAAAACUAUUCCUACACAAGAAAUAGAACCGGAAGUAUCAAAAAAUAUGAUUGAUGAAACGUAUUCCAUAAUUGCCGAACCAUCAAAUUUAGUUUUCAAUGAAGCAAGAGAAUUUUUCGACCCUUUGAUCCUCGAGUCUGUAACAUUUGAAGAAAUAGGUCCGAAAGACGCUGCGAUUCAAAAAUUGGAUGCUGAAAGUAUGGUACAAUGUGAAGAAACUGUUUCUAUUAAAAGUGAAAUCAUAAAUGAAAAUUCAGGUAUAGGUAAUACGGCAAAAGAAUUAAGUCAGAACUCUCCAACUAUGAUUUUAAGAUCGUUGUCGUCUGUUGACGAAAUUAAGCCAACCUUUGCAGACCAAAAAACAGAAAUACCGGAGAAAAACAUAGCCAUUCUUGAAACCGAACUCAUUCCUCUAGAGCAAGCUGGGAUCAUUGACACUCAAGCUACUAUUUUAACUGAAGAUUCUCAUAGACCUGAUACAGUGAUACCUUGCGAAAGCUGCGAGAUAAUGGUCGAAGAAUCGAUAAAACCUUUAGAGACUCAUUCUGAUAAAUCUAACGGAGUAACAGCAGGUAACGAUGCCUUGUCAUUUGAAGUAAAUAAUAGUAUCAAUCAAGAUUCUCCUCCCAUGAUAUUGGGUUCCUUGACACCAAUUGAAGAAAUUAAACUGAUACUCGCAGACGAACUUAUCGAUACACCAGAUAAAAUUUUAGCGGUGCUUGAAAAUGAACCAAUUGUUCUAGAACAGGCUGGACGAACUGACAUAAAAGCUUUAAUUUCAACUGAAGAUCACCAGAGACCUAAGACCAUUGUCCCUUGCGAAAGCUGUGAGAUAAUGAUUGAAGAAUCGAUGAAACCUAUAGAGAUUGAUUUCAAUACAUUUGAUACAGUAACAGCUAAUCAAGAUGAUAUCUCAGAGGUGAAAAGUAGUUUUGGUGAAAGUGAUAUGAUUAUUGCUGUAAAUCAAGAUCCUCCACCUAUGACCUUAGUAUCUUUGACGCCCAUCGAGGAAGUAAAACCAUUUGUCGCAGAUCAACUAACUGAGACAUCAGAGAAGGUCGUUGCAGUUCUUGAAAAUGAACCAAUUGUUUUGGAGCAAGUUGUGGCAUAUGAAACUCAAGCUACUAUUUUAACUGAAGAUUGUGACAGACCUGAUACCGUGGUACCUUGCGAAAGCUGUGAGACAAUGAUUGAAGAAUCGGUGAAGCCUAUAGAUAUUGAUUCUAAUACAUUUGAUACAGUAACAGCUAAUCAAGAUGACAUCUCAGAGGUGAAAAGUAGUUUUAGUGAAAGUGAUAUGAUUAUUGCUGUAAAUCAAGAUCCUCUACCUAUGGCCUUAGUAUCUUUGACACCCAUCGAGGAAGUAAAACCAUUUGUCGCAGAUCAACUAACUGAGACAUCAGAGAAGGUCGUUGCAGUUUUUGAAAAUGAACCAAUUGUUCUAGAGCAAGCUGAACCAAAUGAAACAAAAGUUACUGUUAUAAUUGAAGAUUAUCAUAUACCUGAGACGGUGGCACUUUGCGAAUGCUAUGAGAUGGUGAUAGAAGAGUCAGCAAAGCCAAUGAUAAUUGAUGAGGGUAGAAUCAACAAAGCAACAGCGAGUCAUGAUAAAGAUGGACAGAUACAUAAAACAAUCGCUCUAGAUGAAACUCUACAACCAAUGAUCUUCGAUUCUGUGAGUAAAAUGAAAGAAGAAAUCUCAAAUGUGGAAAUUGCACGUGAUAAAAGUGAUAGAACUACCGAUACCGAUCUAAAAACCAUUGACAAUGUUAAAGAACCUAUUAGUGUACAAGUAACUUCAGAAUCCUUUAUUCUGGACUCUGUGAUGCCUCUCGAAGAAAUUUCGCAACUGUGUGCAUCAACAUCUGACGAACCUAUUUUGGAAAUACAGUUAAUUAAUACCAAUAUAUCUCCAACUAUAAUGGAGUCAGUAACACCUGUACAAGAAAUAAAUUUUGAAUAUGCUAUACCAAUAGUAGAAAAUGAGUUAGAGGCGGUGAAUGCACCUGAAAAGAAGGAAAUUGUAGCAUCCGAAACAGCUUGUUUUGAUAAUGCUGUUACCGAAACUUCAGUGGAAAGGAAUUUUAAGGUACUAAAUGCUUACACUCAAAACGCGCAACCUUUUGUUUUAGAAUCAAUGUCACCUAUUGAAAUAAGUAACAUGGUAGUUUGCCAGAGUGAAAAAUCUCAGGAUCAAAUUGAUGAAAUACCACUUAAUAUAAUCGAAACUACGAGUCCAAUAAUAUUAGAAAUGAUAGUACCAAUUUCAAAUAUUGAACCAUUAGUUGCCACUUUGCAGCAACCUAGCGAUGAUGUGGUCGAAAAAAAUGUACCUACUCAAACUGAAAUGAUUAUUUUAGAGCAAGUACAAACAAAUGAAACUGUAGCCGAUAAGCGUGUGGAACAACCAUUCGAAAACAUUGCGAUCACUGAAAACGAAUUGCAAAUUUUAGAAGAAGCUGCACCAAUUUUAGUUAGUGUUUCAGAAGAAGUACUAAACGUCAGUUCUUACGAAGAAACUUCUGAUGAAAUUAAUAAAAAAUCACUAUUGAACACACAAGCUCUUAUUCUUGAAUCUUCGACCCCUACAAUAGAAAAAGAGAUUGUAUUAUGUGCGAUUCAAUCUACAGAAAAUUCUGAAAAAUUUGUGGCGUGUCAGCAAAGUGAGUCAAUUUGCUUAGAAAGUGUUGGUUUUGAUAAACCCAAUAAUUCUGCGACGGGGCAAAUAUCCAUUGCUAGUGAAACAAUAGGAAGAAAUGAAGACACGGACUCUAUGAUACUAGAAAACAUAAUACCACAAAAUAAACAAGAAUCAGCGGACGCAGCAGAACUUGAGACUAAUGAGAAAACACUGUUUAGUCAUGAGGGUGCGCUUAUGCUACUAGAACAAAUUGAUGAAAUUAUAGAAGAUGCCAUUAAACAUAUUGAAUAUGAAAAAUACAUUGUUACUGAAGACACUCUUGGUCCUAAAGAACAAAUCUGUAUUCAACCUAUGCUAAUGGAAUCAUACUGUGAAGAAAAAGAUAAAAAUAUAAACAUGUCUAUUAUUGACCAACCAAAUGAUAAAUCGACAUUUUCAGAAGUUAUGCAGUCUAUUGAAAAUACAACAGAUCAGAAAAUAUUAGCAGAUGAAUCUCUAUUACGUCAAAACGUUCAAACUGAUGCAGCUGUUUCUUUAGUAUCUGCACUUUCAGACAUCUUUUCUGUAGAUCAGGAAACCAUAUCCGAAAUCUUGAAUAUUAAUGAAGCCGACGUAUUAAGUUCCGCAACAGACGUAUUUGACUCAGCAAUAUCUAUAGAUGACUUUCAUGAAAGGUCAUCUUUAAUGAAUCCAAUAAUUUCUUCCUCAGAAUUAUCAGUUUGUACUGAAGUUUCUCAUCCAUUAAUUUUUGAACCAUUAACACCUAUAGCCGAUGAAUUUUCACCCCAAAUUCAUAUAGAAACAGGCAAAAGUAACCAAAUACCUGUAGUAAAAGAUGAAGAAAAGUCAUUAAUGGGUAUGACAGUCAGUGAUACCAGUCAUAGUUUAAUAUUAGAAUCAGUUUCCUCAAUAGAUCAACGAAAUAAAGAAGACAGGCCUUCUUUAAAAGCUACGGACAUUUUAACAGAAAUACAUACACCAACACAAGAAAUGUGUAUUGUUUUUGAAAAAGAAGCUACUUUUAAGACUAUGCCCGAUUCUAGACAGAUAGAAUCGUAUGCUGAUGUAGAAUUAACUGAGAGUGUGCCAGUGAAUCCGUUAAUAAAAGAAGACAAUUUGGUACAAGACUCGAAAUUAAUUGUUGCAAAUGUUAAUGCUAACUUACAAUCUCCAGGAAUCCUGGAAAAAGACAAGAACUUACGUGAUACUGCGAUGCAUAGUUUUGUAGAAAACACUGAAAAAACUGCUCUUGUUCAACACAUUAACGACUUCAUAUCAGAAGAAACAUCAGAUUUAGUAUAUGCAAUCUCAACGAUGACAAACUCUCAGGAAUUAAAAGAGUCCAUUGAACUAGCAAAAUCUUUGAAAGAAAGUAUAGAAAUAAUUGAAGUGAGCGAGGAGCCCGGUUUAGUGGAAGAUGCUAAAAUAGAACAGGCUAAAUUAGUUCAAAAAUUACAAGAUACUUUGGUAACGUUACACAAUAAGGCUUUGGAAAGUGCUGAAGAUAUUGGUUCCAUGAGUAAGCCCGAUGCUCUUCAAAAAGUUUCUGAAGUUAUCACACACUUGCAAGAAGAUUUGGAAAAGGCCAUCGUCAUAUUACCAGAGGUACUUCAGACUGCAGAAAUAGUUGAAGUUCCCGAUGAACAAAAUUCAAUGAAACAACUAGAAGUAUUGCUUCAAGAAGUGACGGAUAAAAUUAAUAUUCCUACAGUUAGGGAAGUUGAAGAUACAGAAGCUUUACAAAACGCUUUGGAUGAAGUACAGACGGUGAUUAUUAAACUGAAAUGUGAUUAUGAUGGAGCUGCCAACGAUACUCUAAAUGAGACACUUGAAGAUCUAGAGUGCAGCGUGAGAAGUGUGCAGUUGCAAAUUAACGAAGACAGUCCGCCAGAGUUACUUAAAGAUGCUUGUGCGACAUUACAGCUACUUGUCAACAAUAUGAGUGAAACUCAAGAAGUCCAGGCUGCCGAAACUGUAUCAGUUGAGGUAAAAAAUGAAAACAUUCUCGAGAAAUGUUCCAGUGAGUCAAAUGAAACAGUGGAACUCUUAGAGCAAGCUUGUAAGGUUGAUAUUAAAAAUGAAAAUUUAGCUGGUAUAGUAUCCAGUUUAAAUAUUCUUAAAGACACCAUUAAAACACUCAAACUUAGUUUUGGAAGCAACGCUGAGGUUUUAAUCGAAAAGGGAGUUGAUGUCAUUCAAACUCUUGACCAGUUGGAAGACAAAGUAUUCUCGCUAGAAAAAGAACUGGCUGAAGUUAACCUCAGUACAGAGACGCGAGAUCAUAUACUCACAGCAGUUCACUCUGUUUACGGAAGUAUAUCUAAUAUGCGAGGUACAAUGUCAAGCAUACAAAAGAGAUACAUGUUUGAAAACUAUGGUAAACCGUCAGAAACAUUAUUAAAAUCCAUUAAAAAUAUAUCAGUAAUAUUAGAUAUUGAAAAAGGAGACCAAAAUAAUUGGAAAUCGUUUACGAAAUCACUUCGUAAAGUACUGAAUCAUUUCGAAGAUAUCAAAUUUUACAUUAAUCUAGAUAAAACAGCUAGAUUACCAAGCGAUGCAGCGUUUACUAAAAUCAUACUAGAAGAGUUAAAAAGUAAUAUCUGUGAAGUACUGGUACCAAAAGCGUCAAUAUUAGACAAAGAAACAGUCAACAAAGUAAUUGAUCUUAUAGAAUGCGUUAACAAAUGCCUCACAAACAUGGAGUCGAAGUCAACUCUAGAGGUUAAAGAAAAAAUACCGAUAUUCAAACAAAUUUCAUCUGAAAUACUUAAAGUUACAGAAUUAAUAAAAAUGAAAAUAACUGAUAUUAGCAAACAAUCAACAGCUAUAAAACAAGAGCCUGAAGCAUUACAACAACAAGAUAUUUCAUUAGAAAAAGUACACCAAGUGCAAGAAGUAAAGAAUGUGACUACUGAAGGAAAGUCAGAUGUGAAAUUUGAUGAUACUAGUAUAUCUCAGACAAAUGAACCAAUGGAAAAGUCUCAUGAAGAACAGGACACUGUAAGCCAAACUGUUGUCGAAGAAACCAGUGCUAAAAAGACUAAAGUACGCAAAACUGUGAUGAUUCAGGAGAUCGAUAUAAAUGAGAUCCAACAAGUAGCUACCGAAUUAGUAGAUGAAAUAGCUGCACAAGCUAUUAUAGCUAUACAGAAUUUGGAAGCACUCAGUAUGUUAGGUAAAGAAACAGUAUUACCUGAAACUGAAGUACAAGAUGUUGAAGAUGAGAUUAUUCAAAACCCUGAAAGUAGUGAAAUGAAUGUAGAGGAAAGUAUUGCAAUGGAAGAAUCAACCUUAGCUACUGUUGGAGCCGAUGAAACUAUAGCCGAAAUAGACCUUCAAAUUUAUCACACUGAAAGUACAGAAGUACAAGAAGUAGAUAAACCUUGUAUAACACAAGGUGAACAGACCGAAGUUGAAGCCGCAGUUUCAACUUCUGAUGUCAAGACUGACAUGGAGCAGGAAGCUACGCCACAAAAGAUAUCUGAAGAAGAGUUAUCUGGAAACAAAUCUCAAAAAUAUGUAGAGGACAAACAAGAGCCAUUAUCAUCAGAGAAAGUUCAAGUAAUAAAGGAAAGUGAACAAGACUUAAGUAAAGAAAUCCAGAAAGAAGAAGACGAACUAUCUACAAAAGAUAGAGACAUGGAAAAGCUUUUGGAAGAAGUUCAAGGUCCUUCAACAUCAGGAACUCAAAGCUCUAAAGUUUCUGCUACCACGGAAGAAGAGAGUAAAAAAGAUAAGGAAGAAAUUGUAACAAGCCAAGAAAAAGUGAUUCAAGACCAAACAGAGACAAGAAUACAAUCUAUAGAGAGUGUUACAGAAAUUAAAGACACAGACAUUCCGAAAGACGCCCCGGGUCAAGUUGAAAUUGAAAAAGAACAGGUGUCACAAGUAGUAAAAGAAGCUACAGAAAAAGAAGAAAUUGAACCCGAAUCAAACCAAGAGGUAUCGGAAACGAAGACAGAACAGGAAAUAGAAACGUCAGAAACUGGUAUAGAAUCAAAGCAUAAAGAGGCAACUAAGGCUGAUAAGGUCCGAGAAGAUGAAGUUUCAGAAAAAAAUACACAAGACACACUGGACGCAGAAACCACAGAACCUAAUAAGAAUGAUAUGGAGCAAGCUGAAACAGUUGUAAAAGAGAAUGUGGAAGAAGAAACUAACGUAGAUGCAGAACCUAAGCAGAGGGUAAAUGAAGAAAAAUUAAGAUCAGAAAUUGAACAAAAAGAAACAAAGAAAGUCGACCAAGUAGAAUUGGAAGCUGAACAGAAAGAAAAGGUAGAUAUUGAAAUAAAACAUGAUAAUAAAGAAAAAAGGCUGGAAGAAGUUCAAACAGAAGUAUCAAUAGAGAAAGAAGAAGCUGAGAAGUUAGACUUCACAGAAGCCCAAAAAGAACCGUUAAAACCAUCUGACUCAUCAGAAUCAACUGAACAAAAAUCCGCUAAAUUAUCAGUCGAACAACUGCUAGAGGAAGAGGUAAAAGGUGAAGUAGAAACAGAAGUUACACUAACAACGGAUAUAAAAGAAGAAAAGAAACAAGAAGUAGAAAAAGAGAAAGUAACAAUGGAAUCUGAAAAGGGAGAAAAAGAAAAAAUAGAAAUGGUAGAGAAUGCAUCAAAAGAUACCGAGAAAAAAGUAAAGUCAGACACCCAAAAGGAUGAAGAAAAACUAAUACUCGAAGUGGCAGAGAAACAAACAGACGUAAAAAAACAAGAAAUAACAGAAGAAUGUCAUGCAUUCAAAGUAGACAAGAUAGAGGAAGAUGAUAAAGCAAAAACGGAUGCGGAAAACAAACAAAAAGAUGUAGAUGACAAACUCAAACUAGAAAAAGAACGAAAGGAAGUUAACAAACAACACGAGGAAGAGGAAGAGACACAAUUUGAAGAAGUGACAUCAAAAUUAGAAGAGGAAGACCAAAGUGAGAAACUAGAAACUGAAAAGAAACUAAUAGAUGACGAAACAGACGAAAAGAAUAUGUUAGACGCUGAAAAGAAACAAAAGAAAGCGGGAAAAGAAAAAACAGAAACAAAACGCAUAGAAGAGGAAGACAGUAUAAAACUGAAAGAACAAAAUAAACAAGAAAAGGAAACGAAAACUAAAGAAGAAGAAGAAAAACUAAAAUUAGAAUCUGAAAAGCAGGAACAGGAAAAAAUAGCAGCAAAAUUAGAGACCGAAAAGAAACGCAAAAACGAAGAAAAAUUGGAAGAACAAAAGAAACAAGAGGAUGAAACUCAAAAAGUCGAAGCCGAAAAGGAACAAACAGAUAAAGAACAAACUGCAAAGUUCGAAGAAGAGGACAAACAAGUGGAAGCAGAUAAAAGACAAGAAAAGCACGAAGAAAAAUUGGAGGCCGAGGGACAAAAGGACGAAGGAGAAUUACAAAGCAAGAAAAAUUGGAAAUAG